GACGUCACUUCCCGCGGCAGCCAGUGUGAAGGUUCGGUUCCGGAGGAAGACUUCCGGACCGUCACCCCGGCAACCGGAGAUAGGAAAAGAAGUACCGGGAAGAAAACGAAACCGGGAGGUAGAGGAGAGAGCGGGACCGAGCAGCUGCCGGUAGGCCAUGGAUGACCCAGAGAUGGCAGAACUGGAGAGCAUGGUGGUGGAGGAACUGGGCAUAUCCAUGAAGGAGCUUCGCGAAUUCAUAGACCGAGAGGUGGAGAAGAACGAGUUGGUGAAACAGAAGAAAGCCCAGCUCCUGGAACUGGAGCAGCUGGUGAAGCAGAAAGAAGAGGAGGUGGCCAACGUGGACAACCUGUAUGACAAUGCCUCUAGGGCUCUUGAUGACUGUGAGACUUUGGUGAAGACCCUGUAUAAAGAGAUGGGCAUCACAUACAAAGAGAGCAGCUCCGAAGACGAAUCUAACAAGCCGGUGGAAGUCAUUGAGAUUCCAGAUGAAGAAGAAGACGACGACGAUGUUUUGAGUGUGGGAUCUGUUGAUGGUCUUAAUAAUAAGACGCCCAAAGAGAAACGUCUUUUAAGGGGUGCAAUGGCUGCCGUGAAGAAAUGCAAGCAAGAUGUGCAGAACUUGGUGGAUGCAAUUCAGAAGAAGUCAGAUGGGCCGCAGACUCGCUUUUCCUCUCACCCGUCAUCGCCUACCAGUUCCGUGGGUGGGUCCAAUCAGGCCGGCACAACCAACGAUGUAAACAAAGAUGGCGAUCUGGUUGUGGGGAUGCGAAUACUGGGAAAGAAGAGGACCAAAACGUGGCACAAAGGCACUCUGAUCUCCAUCCAGAUGGUCGGGCCAGGAAAAAAAUACAAAGUCAAAUUCGACAAUAAGGGGAAGAGCCUGCUGUCUGGGAAUCACAUAGCCUACGACUACCACCCUUCAACAGAAAAACUGUUUGUAGGGAGCAGAGUGGUGGCCAAAUACAAGGAUGGAAACCAAGUGUGGCUGUACGCCGGCAUUGUCGCCGAACCUCCCAGCAACAAGAAUAAGAUGAGGUUUCUGAUUUUCUUUGAUGAUGGCUACGCUUCGUAUGUCACACAGUCAGAACUGUACCCUGUCUGCCGCCCACUCGGCAAAACCUGGGAGGACAUUGAAGAUGUGUCGUGUCGAGACUUCAUCGAGGAAUACGUCACUGCCUACCCCAAUCGCCCAAUGGUCCUGCUCAAGAGCGGUCAGCUCAUCAAGACCGAGUGGGAGGGGACCUGGUGGAAAUCCAAGGUGGAGGAAGUAGACGGGAGCCUGGUGAAGAUUUUGUUUUUGGAUGAUAAGCGAUGUGAAUGGAUCUAUCGAGGAUCCACUCGACUGGAGCCCAUGUUCAGCAUGAAGACGUCCACAGCUUCUACGCAAGAGAAGAAACAAGCCGGACAGCAGAGAACGCGCCCCAACAUGGGCGCUGUGCGGAGCAGAGGGCCUGUCGUACAGUACACGCAUGACCUAACUGGCAGCGAGUCUCCGUUUAAGCCUGUGGAGCCAACCUCUCCGCAGUCCAUCCCGUCACCGCAGCUGAUCGACACCGACUCCGACAGCCAGCAGGCACAGUCUAAGAAGCAAGUGGCCAAGAAGAGUACGUCAUUCCGUCCUGGAUCAGUGGGUUCUGGCCAGACCUCCCCAAUACCUAUGGAGACCGCCACUGCAUUACGCCCCAUUCUUCCAAACCAACCCAACCAGCAACCCACCCAGACCUUCCAGCCCAUCCAGCCCAUCCAACCCAUCCAACCCAUCCAGCCCAUCCAACCCAUCCAACCCAUCCAGCCCAUCCAACCCAUCCAGCCCAUCCAAACAAUUCAGACUAUCCAAGCAAUUCACAAUUUUCCGACGAUUCAGACCAUUCAGUCGAUUCAACCCAAUCAAACCAUCCAGACCAUACAUUUGGCACAACCGAAUAGGUUUAUCACCACUAAUCCUACGUACCAGAUUAUCCAGACAAAUCAAAUGCCAACAGAGAUAAAUUACAGGGCCCCCAUGGACAAACUCUUCUACCUACCUCACACGUGUAACUACAACUGCUUGUCGCGUCUCCGUGCCAUCCUCCACCGGGGCAAGAACCCCAUGCUGAUCCCACUGCUGUACGAUUUCCGCCGUAUGACCGCCAGGAGGCGUGUCAACCGCAAGAUGGGAUUCCACGUCCUCUACAAAGCGCCCUGCGGGCUGAGCCUGCGGACCAUGUCUGAAAUAGAACGAUUCCUCUUUGAGACAAGCUGUGACAAACUGUUUUUAGAAAUGUUCUGCCUCGACCCUUAUGUGUUGGUGGACCGCAAGUUCCAGCCGCAGAAACCUUUCUAUUAUAUCCCGGACAUCACCUAUGGCAAGGAGGAUGUGCCCCUGUCCUGUGUUAAUGAGAUAGACCGGACGCCCCCUCCUCAGGUAGACUACAGCAAGGAGCGCAUUCCCGGCAGAGGUGUCUUUAUUAACACUGGCUCGGACUUCCUGGUGGGAUGUGACUGCACGGAUGGAUGUCGGAACAGGUAGGAAGAGAGAUCACCCACCGAACUACAC